GAUACUGCCACCACUAUGGAGGGGAUUGUGACCAUGUAUCAGGACUUCAUGAAGAAAGCAGACCCCCGCAUCGCUGAUUAUCCACUGAUGCAGUCCCCGUUCCUUGUGAUGGGCAUCCUUCUGGCAUAUGUCUACUUUGUACUGUCCUUGGGUCCCCGGCUAAUGGCCAACAGGAAGCCUUUAAACCUGAAGAAAUUCAUGGUGCUAUACAACUUCUUUCUGGUGGGACUGUCACUUUACAUAGUCUAUGAGUUCCUGAUGGCAGGGUGGCUUACUGGGUACACCUGGCGAUGUGACCCUGUGGACUUCUCGCAGGACCCCAAGGCCCUCCGGAUGGUCAGUGUUGCUUGGCUCUUUGUCUUCUCCAAAUUCAUUGAACUGACUGACACGGUGAUCUUUGUCUUGAGGAAGAAGAAUGAACAGGUCACAUUCCUGCACCUCUUCCACCACUCUGUUCUGCCUUGGAGCUGGUGGUGGGGGGCGAGGUUUGGCCCAGGGGGAAUGGGUUCGUUCCAUGCCAUGAUCAAUUCCAUGGUGCAUGUUGUCAUGUACUUCUACUAUGGGCUGUCAGCAGCAGGACCUGCCUUUCAGAAGUACCUGUGGUGGAAGAAGCACAUCACUGCCAUCCAGCUGGCCCAGUUUGUGAUUGUCUCCGUCCACAUCUCCCAGUAUUACUUCAUGCCCAGCUGCCAGUACCAGUUCCCCAUCUUCAUCCAUCUCAUCUGGAUUUAUGGGACUAUCUUCUUCAUCCUUUUCUCCAACUUCUGGUAUCAGUCCUACACCAAGGGCAAACGGUUGCCAAGGGUGGCUCAGCAAGCAGCCCAGCACAACGGUAGCAGCAUCCAUGAGAAUGGCACCAUCACCAAUGGCAAGGUCAAAGCCAACUAGAAGGCAAGGCCCUCCCAGAGCCAAUGAGAGCCCCGGGGCAGAGGCAGCUGGGACCUGUUCCCCUGUUCCUGGGUGCCACUAGCCAAGUCAAGUGCCUACAGACUGUUGUACCCCUGUGCCCAGCCCUGCUGUCCUCUGUCUGCAUGCCCAGCCCCUCUGCUCUGAGCAGCCAUGGGUGACGACUUCCCCUCCUGGAGGGCUUGUACUGUUUCUCAGUGUUGCUGAGCAGAGAGGCAGCUGCCUGCAUCACAGGGCUGCAGCCCCAUUCCAGUGUUUCCAAAGGAACUUGCCCCAAGUGCCUACAUCUGGCCCUUCUGCCCGGGGGCCAUUUCCUUCUGAGUAGGACCAAAAGAAGAGACCGGUCCCUGUCCUGGUGCCCUCUCCUCUUCCCUGUCUCCUCAGAGCCUUUGUGGAUGAGCAGACUUGUCCCUGGUUGGUUGCCACUGCCAGCUCAAGUGCUAGUGCUCCUGCUCCACCGUGCCUUGUGCCACCCUGUUCCAUGCCACAGUGCUGUGUGUCUCCAUGUGCCCAGGUGGGGGGGUCCUGCCCCAGUGUCUGUACUCAGGAGUGGCUGUGGAGAAUGUAGGGGCAGUGCCCCUGGGGUCGAGGGCCCGGGCCUGCCCAGUACAGUACACAUGCCCUCUGCCUAGUAUGUAGCAGGGCUUGUGACAGCCUGAAAUGCCUUCUCACAAAACAAGCCCAGGCUGCUGUGCCUUUGUGUGCCUGGGCUUGGGUGCUUAGUGUGUGCUUUAGCCACACUCACCUGAUCCUGUAUGGCAGCUGGUGGCUUGCUCCAGAGUGGGGGAAGCCAGGCUCAGCCUUGCCGUGGACCACUGAUUCCUGCAGACUCAAGACUUCAGCAAUAAUUGCCCCUAGAAUUGGCUCCCAGGCUCUCGUGCUUGGGAGCAAGCCCUGCUCUGGCCCAGCAUGAGCACAGUGGAGGGUGACAGUAGCGUGCCCUGCUGUGGUGUAACAGUGAGCACCUCUUGCCUCUGUGGGUCGGGCUGGGCCUGGGUGAAGGUGUGCUGCCCUACAGCAGGGCAGCGCAGCGCAGCAGCUUUCCUGGGCCUGGUGCCCAUCGCCUGCUCUGGCUGUACCCAAAACCAUGAUGGUGGCCUUGAGGAUGAGGUGAAGGAGCCAGGCCCUGUCAAAUUGGGCUGCUCUUCUAUCAAAUAAACAAACAGAAGGAGAAAUG